AUAUGUCUAUAUGUUGAUGUGCCAGGUUCUAAAGAUUUUGUGGUAUUAGUUUUGGAGAGACAGUUGGCUGCUACAGUGAUAGAGCCUUGAGGUGGACCUUGAGAGUUUGAUUGGAGAAGAGAAGGAGAAAGGAAGAGAAUUAAUCACACAAUUAAGUAGACUUUGUUUAAGGGAUAUUUGAGUAGAAGAGAUGGGUUAUUGGCAAACAAAGGUGCUUCCAAAGAUCAAGAAGGUGUUUGAGACCAAAACCAGUUCAAAAAAGGCUGCUGCUGCCGAGGCUUGCAAGUCCUUUGAUGAGUCGAAGGAGGAAAUAACCAAGGAGUUUGAAGAGAAGAAGGCUGAGCUUCAACCAAAAGUAAUUGAAUUAUAUGAAGCUUCCUCAGCUGAAAUCAAGAUUUUGGUUAAGGAGCGCAAAGAGUCAGGAUUGAAGAAGUACUCAGCAGCAGUCCACAAGUUCCUUGAAGAGUUGGCUAAAAUUGAAUUCCCAGGAUCCAAAACAGUAUCAGAAGCCUCUUCAAAAUAUGGGCCAGCCUAUGUUUCAGGUCCAGUUUUCUUUGUGUUCGAGAAGGUCUCAACAUUCAUUGUGACUGAGGAAACGGUAGAGCCGCUGCCACCGCCAGCAGAAGCAACAAAAACUGUGGAGGAAACAAGUGGUGUUGUAAAAGAAAAGGAGAUAGUUAUCGAAGAAGAGAAGAAAGAAGAGGUGGUGGUGGAGGAGAAGAAAGAGGAGGAGGUUGAGAAACCUAAACCUACCGAGCCCGAAGCUGCUGCUGAGGCUCCUCCUCCAAAGGUGGAGGAAUCUGCUGCUGCAGAACCACCAAAGCCUUAGGAAGAACAAUCAAUCAACCAUGCAUGGAUUAAAAAGGUUUAAAAUUAUUAAGUCCUUUCUCCCCAAGUCAGUGAUGACUUCUGUGUAAAAUGUUAUAUUUUGGUGAAAAUUUUUGAUUUGUUAUUCUUUAAUACUUGUAAUCUCUUUGGGAAUAUUUGUUUUCCCAAAGUUUCAUUCAUGUGUAAUCUUUUGGUCUAUCAGUCUGUGUAUGUAUGUAUGCAUGUCUGUGUGUAUGUAUCAGUCAUAUCCUCUAUGUGAAUUACUAUGUAAUACUCAUUACAGUACCAAUCAAACAAGUACUGGUUGGCAAAUUCA